GCCCACUUGUGGGAAGCGGAAGACGCCGCAGCUCUCCGGUCGCCUCACGCGCUCCUGCCGUAAACUGAGCGCCGCCGUCUCGCGCUCCCCUUCGAUGACACAUCUUCGCGCAUCGCGCAUCGCUAUGAACUGCGGGGACGGACGCUCCACGCGAACGCUCCACGCACCGUUCAACUGACAUGUGUGGAUUCGUCUAACUAUGGCCAUCUUCUAAAAGGUGCACGUAUCCUUUAUGACGGAAGCCAUGUUUUGCCGUGUCUUGUUGUUGUUGUGGCCGACAUCGGUUCUGCGCGGUUCGGCAACAAUUAGGUCACGUUUAAAUGUUAAGUAAACUAACGUUAGCUAAACGUAAUAACUAACUAAUGUCGCGGCCCCCCUUUGGAAGAAUAAUUUCAAUUAAAAACAACAAUAACGUUACAAAGCUCACGGCGUCUUUUCCAUCGCGAGUCACGUUAGUUUCCCCUGCCGGUGUGACCCAGUUGAGUAAACUAGUGCCACUCCCAGCCCGCCACUGUAGAGUUGGAUAUGUAACGUUAAUUUGCUCUCUACUAACGAGCUCAAUUGUUUUCUGUUGUUGUCUAACUGCCACGCGCGCGCGCGUGUGUGUCUCCAGGCUCCGGUGUGCCCGCUGCCAUGGAGGUGUGCAGCCUCCCCGUGGAGCUGUGGAGGGUUAUCUUAGCCUACCUCCCGCUCCCCGACCUGGGCCGCUGCUGCCAGGUGUGCCGCGCCUGGCGCGAGCUCAUCCUCUCGCUGGACAACACCCGCUGGAGGCAACUGUGCUUGGGCUGCCCCGAGUGCCGACACCCCAACUGGCCCAGCCGGCCCCACCAGGAGCCGCCGUCCUGGAGGGAGGCCCUGAAGCAGCACGCCCUGUGCACCCGCACCUGGACUCUGAACGGACCGGAGCUCCAGUCGUCCGCCUGCCUCCUCUUCUUCCGCCGUCGGAAGGACCGCCGGGUUUGGCACGUGGGGCCCGGAUGCGAGUUUGAGACCCUGCGCGGGGCCAUCGGGGUGGCGGGGCCGUAUGACCGCGUAGUUCUACACCCGGGGGUGUAUGAGGAGCAGGCGGAGGUGGUGCUGAAGGUGCCCGUGGAGCUGGUCGGCCUGGGGCGGCCGGGCGAGGUGGCGCUCCUGGUGUGUUUGGAGCAGCAGUGCCCCACAGCGCGGCUGUGUAACCUGGUCUUCAUGCCCCCCUGGUUCUCCACCGUGGUCUACAAGACGUCGUGGGGUCACGUCCAACUCGAUAACUGCAACUUUGAAGGGGUUCAGCUGCAGAUCCGCGGCCCGGGAACCUGCCAGGCGCGCUUCUGCUCCUUCUCCCAGGGCAGCUCGGCCCACCUGCUGGGCGUCGUCCUCAGCCUGUUGGACAGCUGCGACUUCUCGGGAAGCGACGCGGCCUCCGUCACCGUCGAGGGUCCCCCGGUGUACGAAAAGAACUGGGCUUGCAAACACUUGGCCGCUCUGGCCAGGACGUUCCCGCCAUGCGGCCCGUCCGGAGACAGUAGCCACCCCGGAAGCCCUCUGACUGGCGCCGCUGGCGGCCAUCAAACGCCCACUGCUGAUCUGAAAAAGGAGUACGCGAGCACCGAAGACUGGCAGAGGAGGGUCGGGGUCGAGGCGGAGUGUCAGGGAACGGUGAUUGACGGCGACUGGAGCGACGGCGACCGCAGCGAGGGAGAGGACGAGCAGCAGCACCGGGGUGCCGGCAAGAACCCACUUGUGUCGGAUUACAAAGUCCCAUGUGACCAACACGGCCUCUCCCAUUUGCUCAACCCCCAACCAGACGGCUCGCAGCCGCUGGCCUCCUCCCCGGACCCGCCGUCUGCGUGCCCCGUGCCGCUCACCUUUCAGCAGGAACUAGACAGGGACCCGGAGGCCCAGGCGUUGGCGACCUCCACCCUCGGCUGCAUCCUCAGGCGCUGCCUCUUCCGGGAGGGGAAGGGCGGCGUGCAUUUGUCUAAUUUUGGUCAAGCGCGGCUGGAGGGCAAUGUCUUCCGUGGGCUGAACUACGCCGUCCGCUGCAUCCAGAACGCCACACUGGUGAUGCUGAGGAACGAGGUGUGCGAGUGCCGGGCGUCCGGCGUGUUCCUGCGCCUCUCCGCCGAGGGCCUCAUCGCGCAAAAUAACAUCCACUCGAAUGCGGAGGCGGGAUUAGACAUCCGAAAAGGGGCCAAUCCCAUCAUUUUGUGCAACAAAAUACACAGCGGCUUGCGUUCGGGCGUUGUUGUCCUCGGCAACGGGAAAGGUUCGAUUCGGAGCAACCAGAUCUACAACAACAAGGAAGCAGGCGUGUAUAUUCUCUUCAGCGGGAAUCCUGUGGUCAGUGGAAAUCACAUCUUCCGGGGCCAGGCGGCGGGGAUCGCAAUCAACGAGAAUGGAAGAGGGAUGAUAACCGAGAAUGUGAUCAAAGAGAACCAGUGGGGGGGGGUGGACAUCCGCAGAGGUGGUGACCCCAUCUUGAAGAACAACCACAUUUGUUACGGUUACUCGGACGGCGUCGUGGUCGGGGAGAGAGGCCGCGGACUCAUUGAGGGAAAUCACGUCUACUGUAACAAAGGCUGCGGCGUGUGGGUGAUGUCGUCGAGCCUCCCGCAGCUCCUGGGGAACUACAUCACCCACAACUGUAUGUACGGGCUGGCGGUGUUCUGCAGGAAAGACCCAGAGAACACGGAGGCCAGGGACGGAAACUGGCCGGGACAGGAAGGAGAGGCUGGCGGCGGGGAGGAGGGAGACGAGAGGGAAGGGCAGGAGAACCUGAACGAAGAGGGGGAGCUGUUUGCGUGGGAGAGCGAUCUGGACAGCGAGGAGAAGCGCCACUCUGCCCGCCGCCCCAUCAGCGUGGCGCUGGUUGAGAGCAACUGCAUGAGCUACAACGGAGCCGUGGGUCUGUACGUCAAGAGCAGCCAGCCCCUGAACGUUUUUGCCAAUCUGGUGAACAGCAACCGCGGCACCGGCGUGGCCGUGCUGCAGAGCGGCCAGCUGACCCGGUUGGUCAACAAUUGCAUUCUGGGGAACGGCCGCGGGGGCGUCACGGUGGAGAAAGACUGCCGGGUGGAGCUCCGCGGCAACGGCGUCUACAAGAACAGCGGCCACGGCGUCGCUUUCUGCGGCAACGGGCAGAUCGUGGAGAACGACGUCGUCGGGAACCGCGGUUACGGGAUCCAGGUGUCCGGCAGCGCCGACAUCAAGGUAUUGCGCAACCGUGUCCAACCAGCACACGGCUGUGGUGUCGCCGUGUUCGGCCCGGUGAAAGGCGUCGUCCACGACAAUCUCUUGUUCCAGGGCCACCCGGGGAACAGAAAGGCACUGCUGAAUUUGGAUCCAGGCAACGAGAGCUGCGUGUUGCGCAACAACAGCGUGCUACGGCAUAAUAACGGCUGUAAAUCUGCUCCUCCCUGGGCUUUGGAAAACCCCCCACCUCGCCCGCUGGCCAGCUCCCCAGCUGGCCUUUCCCUUUCCCAGUAUCCCUCCAGACUCGGAAUCUCCGUGACUACCAGGAUCAGUGCCACUGUGGAAAGCGUUUGCCACGGCGGCAGCAUGUUCUGCUCCAUCCUGUGAACAUGCUGAGGGACUAAUGGAUGAUGUGUGCGUUCCCACCUUCAAGACAUUACAGGACAACGUCCUUUUGUUGAAGAACCAAAGUUUAUUUAAAGUCAUUCUCCCAGUAUUUUUAAAAUCUACAAAAUGUUGUGGCACCCUAAAGUACACACUUUUGUAAUUUCAUGAUCAAGUGCGCUCAACAAGAUGAGGACUGGCUGCAUACAUGUAGAGUGGAUGGAAAGUGUGCCUUGAUUUCAUGAUAUUCAGUCAUUGUAGCUAGGGAGGCAAAUUCAAGUGAGUUUCACAUGAAUUAUCCCCCUGUGGUGUUUUUGUGACACUGAUCUGGUGAGAGCCCGUCAGAGACAAUGACAUUCUGUGUGCAAUUUGAGCUUUCUUCUAAUGUGCCUCCAUGUUUUCACUCCAGACGUUCUGUCAUCUACAAUGUGCUCACAGCUCAUUCUUGCGCUCUUUUUGCACAGUAACAAGAAGUAGGAAUAUCACGUACAACUCACACUUCACCAGGUCCUUUAUUUGUCUACAAAAUGCAUUAAUAAACAGUUCUUUGUUUGUGGUA